AUGGGGCUGGCUCUGCAGAUCCAGUGUUAUCAGUGUGAAGAGGUCACUCAAAAUGACUGCUCCACACCUGAGUUCAUCGUCAACUGCACUGUCAACGUUCAGGACAUGUGCCAGAAGGAGGUAUUAGUGACAGAAGACGGGAAGCACUACCGCAAGUCCUGCGCAUCGUCUGGGGCCUGCCUCAUCGCCUCCUCUGGCUACCAGCAGUUCUGCACAGGGAAGCUCUACUCGGUGUGCAUCAGCUGCUGCAACACUCCCCUCUGUAAUGGACCCCGUCAGAAGAAACAGAGUUCCAGUAACAAAGUUCCGUCUGCCGCUUCGUCCCUAAGCCCACUACACAGCCUCUCCCUCCUUUUUCUUCCCUUCCUCCUGCGCCCACCCUCCAUAUUCAGCUGA